AUGGAUCAAAUACCUCUUGGUGUGGAUGUUUAUCGGCCAGCAUUGAAUUUAUUAAUUGGAGAAACAGGAGUCGGAAAGACAUCGCUCAUCAAUCUUCUUACCGAUUCAAAUCAAAAAGUCGGUCAUGGUCUUGAAGCGGGUACCAAAUAUCCAAGUUUAUCUUACGUUGAUAAUUGGCCUAUCGUUGAUACACGUGGAUUAAACGAUAAAGACGAAAAUGCUAUAAAUGAAGCAACCGACGAACUACGACAUUUUUUAUUUAAUGGCAAGUAUCGAUUAUCGAGUAUUAUCUUAUAUAUUCAUGAUCCUCUUAUUGUUAAACGACUUAAAGGCGAUACAGUUCGUGCUUUGGUCUCAUUAAAGAGAAUGAUCGCGAAUUCACAUUUGGAUAAUAUCAUACUGUUACAUCGUGCAGACCUAAGUAAACCGAAGAAAAUAUAUGACAAAGCAUUUCAUGCCUGGAACCGAGAAACAUCUGAAUUAGGCUGUGUAAUUCGAGAAAUUAUUCCAGUGUACGGCGAAGAACAAUAUGACGAUGACGAUGAUGUAGCUGAUUUAACAAUUAAAAAUAUUAAUGAAAUAAAAAAUGCUUUGAUUAAGCAUAAAUAUGCUAAAUACUUUGGAUGGAGACGAGCAACUUGUGUUACAUGUGGCAAGUAUUUAUACCAAGAUUUUGAAAUAGGACCGUGUGUAUAUCAUGAUACAGCUGUAGCGCAUCUUGGUCGAAAGGAUUUUAUUCAUAGUGGUGAUUUAGAAGUCUAUCAUCAUGGUACAUGGACAGAACCACGUUGUUUUACAGAUAAAUGGACAUGCUGUGG